UUGGUUGCCAGAUUUCAAUUCAACAAAGCAAAACCACCACCACCAACAAACGGCCAAACCAAACGUGUACAAACCAAAACCCCCCAGUCCCACACACACGCACACUCCUUUUCCCCCAAAUUCUCACUUCUCCAACAUUUCUUCUUCUGCGUUUUAGUGCUUAUCCCACAGCCAGAUCUGCCAUCGAGAUACCUCACCAUGUGGCGCUCUCUCUGGCGAUCCAUCGAUCGCUUUUCGCUCCAACACUUCAAAUAUGUAAUCAAUGAACUGCGAGGGAUCAAAGUUGUACAUAAGCAUAACAGGGAAUUGGUAAUAGAUUUACUGCAGUCUAUAGUUGAGAUAGUCACGUAUGGCGAUAGACAAGAUCCGAUGAUAUUCGAAUGUUUCAUGGAAUACCAAGUUUUAGCCGAAUUUGUUCGUGUGCUAAAAAUUGGCAAAAAUGCAAGGAUCGAGGCACCAUUACUACAGUACCUAAGCAUAAUGAUUCAAAAUAUGGAUAGUGAGCAUGCAAUAUAUUACUGUUUAAGCAAUGAUUACAUUAAUAGCAUCAUAGAACAUCAGUACGAAUUUGAUGGGGGAGAUCUAGCUCCAUAUUAUGUAUCAUUUUUAAGGGCAGUGAGCAGCAAAAUAAACAGAGACACACUUUGCCUUCUUGUGAAGGUUCAUGGGGAUGCUGUAGUCUCAUUUCCCCUGUAUAAUGAAGCUCUUAAGUUUGCUCGGCAUGGGGAAAAGAUGAUUCAGACAGCUGUACGUGCAUUAACUCUCAACAUAUACAAUGUGAGCGAUGAUAUGGUCUAUCAAUUUAUAACAACUCCUCCAGUCUCCAAUUACUUCUCAGACUUGGUUUGUAGAUUGAAGGAGCAAUGCGUUCAUCUAGACACCCUUCUACAUUCUAAAGAGGAAACAUCCACUCGUGAGAGGAGAAAUGAACUAGUUCUAGAAACUGAUAAAAUUGUAGAUGAUAUUUACUACUUGAAAGACAUACUAAGUGUCGGCGAGUAUCGUUUGAAUAGAUUAAUCUCACAAAAUCUUUUCAGCUUGCUUGUUUUUCCUACAUUGCUUCCAUUACUGCAGUUAAGGCAGAAUGAUGGUUCAAAUAUAUCAUCAGUCACUUCUCUGUACAUAGUUUCUCGUCUUCUUCAAGUUGUCGAUGGAAAAAGCAUGGUAAAUGCUGUGGCUGGUGUUAUUCUAUAUCCUUAUAUGACCUUAAGUGUGGGAGAUGCUAUGAAAGGGGACACAGUUGAUGGCGUUUGUAAUGCUAGUUCAUUUCUAGACCAUUUGAAUGAUAUGGAAAAGAGGGUAUGCUCUGGUCCCGAGUCUGAAGGAGCAGAAAACAUCAAAAGAAACAAUUUGUUUGGGCAUUUGGCAGAGUACUUAUCAUCUAAUUCUCAAUUGAUAAGUGGCCUUCAGAAUGAUGACUGUGUAGAAAGGGGUGGGGUACUUGCACAUAUUUUUGCCGACAAUAAUCACAGUCUGCUGCUAGCAUCUCUAUUUUUAUUGCUCAUUUUAGCAGAAAGUAAAGAUCUUGAUUAUUUGCUAGCUUCAAUGAUUGGGUUAAGCAGAAUUCAGGAUAUAGUGAAUCAUGACUUGUCAGCUUCACAAGUAGUGGAUGGAAGUCUUUUUGUGAAAUUUAUGCCCCAGAUUUUAAAUGCAUUGUUGAAGAUUUUAGCAAGCCAACCACCGUUGUCUGUACUGAUACAAUGGCAUACAGGGUGGUUCUUGCGGAAGCUACUGAUUUCUCAGAUUUCUCAAGGGAAGACGGUGAAUGAUCUUAACUUUCACCUAUUCAAUACUUCAUAUGAGCAGUCUCGUGAACGCCUUCGUAAAGAACUUGAUGGAUGCUGGUUUGAUUAUAUCCCGGAUACUCUCAGAAAUGAAUGGCUAAGCUGUAAAACAGCUCUUGAGGAAUCAUCCCAAUUUAAAGAUCCCUUUUUUGCGUUAGAGAUUGCUGUCUGCCAACAAGAUACUGAUGGUGAUGCCACUACUGUUUCUGCUUGGCAAAGGAUGGUAGAAGCUGUGAAGGUUUUCAUUCUCCAUCUUCAGCUUAAGGCUGUUAUUUUCAAAGGAAGCUUGCUUGAAAAACCUGUGCUGAACAUGCCGAAUGGUCCAACUGCUGAUUCUGGAAGAGGUCAUGCUUCGGAUACCCCAUCUGCAAGCUUUGGAUCGGAUGUUUCUUUAGGCUCUGGAAUCCCUUGCAGAAUAGCAUUUUCCAAUGCAGGAAUCAGGGAUAUCUACCUGAUUCCAGUGGCAAGGGAAACAACUGGAAAAUUGCUUCUCACAGAGAAACAUCCCUUCCGCAGUCAACGAGGAGUUGUUAUUGCUAUUGCUCCAUUGGCUGGCUUGAGUCCGAAGAUAGACAACGACCAUCCUUCAUGGUUGCAUCUCCGAAUCAGAGAGUUUGACCCAAAAUUCAAUACAAGUAAAGCUAGAAGCAACCACUUGAAGAUGUCCAAUCAUGUUGCAGAUGGGAAAUGGACACUAGGUUUUCCCACUGCAAAAGCUUGUGAGGCAGCUCGGUUGUUGAUACUCGAGGAAACUAGUAAACAAAGAUCCUUUGUGGAAAGCAUACUUGCUCCACUACUUCAGGAUGAUUAUCUUGGAAAUUUAUCAGAUGUUGAAGAUGAGUGAAACUCACAUACGAGGUGUUGUAGCUUAGCUUACAGUUUUGUUAUUUUGUUUUUGUGACAUAGAUAGGACGGCUCUGCACAGUAGUGGUUUCUGUCAUCAAAUGCAUUAGUAGCUCCAUAAAGACACUGUCCAUUAUUUUGUGUUAUAUUUUUAAGCAUGUAGUAGUCGAUUUCAAUGUAAGAUACAGAGAUAAUAGAAAUAUGUCCAAGUAACUUUCUAGCAGAAGGGAAACCAAAAAGGUGUCUUGUACUUAUUUUGUGUGCUUUAUAAAGUAUUGAGACCUGAAACGAGUAAA